AUGGCUUCUAUCGACACAUUCAACGUGGAACAUGAUGGGAAAUCAUUUGCUGCCUAUCGGAAGGUGGUCCCCUUGAUAUCCAACCCCGAUGUCCUCUACCUCAAUUCCGCUUUCAUGCCGCCGUCCAAUCUGCUUGUCCACGAUGCUUUUGCGCGCUUCUCCAACGAAGCAUUGUACAAUCCCAAUCCCAAGGCACAAUGGCUCGCGGCUGCAGAGGAGACUCGCGCCUUGGUGGGACGAUACAUCAAUGCCGAACCAUCGACUUUGUCCUUCACCCGUGACACAACCGAAGGUCUGGGAUAUUUCAUCCGCAGCAUCAAGUUCUCUCCCGGAGACAACGUUGUGAUCUUGGACACGGAGCAUCCCAACCACGUACUUGGUUGGUUGAGCCUUCGGUCUCAGGGUUUGGAAGUGAGGCAGGUCCCUACCACGGCGGAAGUCGACCGCACUGGGCAGCUGACUGCAGCAAAUGCGGCUACUUUCGCGCCAUAUGUCGAUGAAAGAACAAAGGCCAUCGGACUUAGCUCCAUCAUGUUUCACAGCGGCCAGUGGAACGAUGUGGAAGACAUUUGCGACACAUACAGGCCCCGAGGAAUCCAUGUCCUGGCCGACUUGACGCAACAAGUAGGCUUCACACACGUGGAUGUGCAGGCACUUGGUGUGUCUGCUGCAGCAUUCAGUCUGCACAAGGGCCUCAACUGUCCUACAGGAUUUGGCGUGCUUUAUGUCAAUCAACAAGUUCUUGAAGAAUUGAACCCGGAACCCCCCAUGACCACCUUUGCUUCCCUCGCGGACAGAAGGGCCGACUUUACAGUGGAUGUGGCGGAUCCCAUCCUUCUUCAGAAUAAUGCUCGGAGAUUCGAUCACUGGAACCAGAAUCUGAGUGCCGUUGCAGCUGCCAAAGCCCAUCUGACAUUCUACCUCGACACAAUGGGCCCUAAGAAGGUCGAGAGCUACCUUUUCAGCCUCGGAGAUGCAUUGAGAGACGAGUGUAAGCAGCUCAGAAUAAAGAUCAUCGGACCUCAGUCUCGGAAGGAGCAUGCCCCUCAUUUGUACAUUCUUGAUAUCAAUGGGGAAGGUUGGGUCAACUUCAUGAAGGAAAACGGAGUCCAGAUUUCUCCAUAUAGGCUCGGUAUUAGGGUCUCCUUUGGAUUCUACAAUAAUCUGGAUGAUGUCAAGAGACUGGCCAAGAUUCUGCGACAAGGUUUACAAAGCGGGCUGCGUACACAGACUGCGAGUGGCACUGCCAGCUCUAGGCUGUAA